AAAGAUCGCUAAUGUGUCGUCAUCAUGACGUAUUCCCAGUGGUGAACGCAAAGCAUUUUGGGAAUCCGCGGCACAAACAACAAGUAGGAAAACGCGCCAGACUUGAUUGCUGGGAAGUGUUCAAGAUGCCGUCUACCUGCUGUGUUAUAAACUGUAAUAGUCGUUCUCAUGAUAGAAGUGGAGUAAAGCUUAAGAACGGAAUUUCCUAUUAUCGUUUUCCAGCGUGGAAAAAUAAUAGUACAAGCCAUGUUUCAGAGGUGACAAAAAGGCGACGAAUGGCAUGGAUAGCAGCAGUAAGGAGGCCCAAGAUUACCUUCGAUAACAGUCCGCCACACAUGAUGGUGUGUUCAAAGCAUUUUCACAAAGGCAAACCUGCUUAUGAAAUGAUUGAGUGUGAUCCUGACUGGGCCCCUUCCCUGUACCUCGGCCAUACUGAGGUCAAAGUUACUAACACAGACCGGUUCAAGCGGCUUAGGAGAAGAGCGACGAGGUCACAACAACCGCAACCCCCCCACACUGGUCCUGAGGCUGAGUUCGAUAUUGCUGCACCUUUAUACCCAGACAACACUACAUCUGCAACUGAGAUGGAAGGUCUCGUGAAUCCACCCCCAUCUCUGGGCACUGUCCACACCGGUCCUGAGACUGAGCUGAAUGAACCAGCACAUUUGUUCCCAGACUACUCUGCACCUGUGGCUGAGAUAGAAGGACAAGAGACUCAGCCCCUACCACCAGCCCCAGACAAUGCAUGCAGAGAGGAAGAUAUGGAGACUGAAACAUCAGGGGAUGCUGGUGCUCCAAUGGGGAAUGCAGAUGAACAGCAAAAGUGCACCAAGUGUGCCCUUAGAACCAAAGAAAUAAUCCGUUUGCAGGAGGAGAAUCGAAAACUGAAGGGAGAGCUCUCCAAAAAGGCCCUGGAUGAGAAUUUUCUCAAAAACAAUGAUUUAAAGGUGAAGUACUACACUGGCCUUCCAUCUUUCAGUCUGUUGAUGGGUGUGCUGAUGCAAAUCAUUCCCAGUCUACCAAAAACAAAAGAAAGAAAACUCUCCCAUUUUCAAAUGCUCCUCCUGACCCUUAUGCGCUUAAGACUUGAUCUGCCUGUCGAACAUGUUGCACACCUCUUCGACAUUAGCCGACAUACCGCAUACAAUCUGUUCUUUGAGACCAUCAAUGUACUGCAUGCACACCUCAGUCCUUUGGUGUACUGGCCAAAGCGACAUUGUAUACAGGCAAGCAUGCCACAUCAGUAUGUAGAAAUGUUUGGGAAUCGUGUUACUGUCAUUAUUGACUGCUUUGAGCUUUUCAUUGAAAGGGCACAAAAUUUACGUGCAAAGGCACAGACAUAUUCAAACUACAAAAGCAGGUACACAAUGAAAUAUCUCAUCGGCAUAACACCACAAGGUACUAUCUCUUUCAUUUCCAAAGGGUGGGGGGGGCGUGCCAGUGAUAAGCAGAUCACCGAGAACAGUGGCUUUCUUCAGAAGCCCUCGUCUGGAGACCUUGUGUUAGCGGACCGUGGAUUUGAUAUUAAAGAAAGUGUUGCCCUUGUGGGCGCUACACUGAAAAUACCUGCCUUCACCAGGGGCCACAGCCAACUUAAUGCAAAAGAUGUGGAAGAGACCAGGAAGUUAGCUCAUGUUAGGAUCCACGUGGAGCGAGUGAUAGGGUGUAUGCGCUCUAAGUUCAACAUAUUAAAUGACACAAUACGCCUUGGAUUUGUGGUGCCUUGUGAGGGGGAGGAUAAGACUUUGUUGGAUAAAAUUGUGGUUGUGUGCUGUGCUUUGACCAAUAUGUGUCCAAGUAUUGUUGUGAAGCCGUCAUGUUAGAAUUAUACACCAUGCUCACAUCUUAUGUAAAUAUGCACAUGUAAAUAUGUACACAUGUAAAUAUAUAUAUAUAUAUAUAUACAUAUAUAAAUAUGUUUUGUUUUCCAAAAGAUUUUGUAAUGUCACUAAACAUGUAAUGAUUUUUAGCCAUCUCUGUAAAUAAAAUGCACAAAGACUGAAUUGAA